AUGCAGACUCCUUCUACAAACAUUUGUGAAAGACUGUGCAAUAAGUCCAUCCAUGAAAUUUCCUUGCUACUAAAUAUUCCACAGUCAACUGUUAAUGGUAUUAUAACAAAGUGGAAGCAACUGGGAACAACAGCAACUCGGCCACGAAGUGGAAGGCCACGUAAAAUGAUAGAAAGGGGCAGUGCAUGCUGAAGCGCAAAGUGCGCAGAAGUCGCCAACUGUCUACAGAUUCAAUAGCUAAAGACCUCCAAACUUCAUGUGGCCUUCAGAUUAGUACAACAACAGUGAGUAGAGAGAUUCAUGGAAUGGGUUUCCAUGGCUGAGCUGCUGCAUCCAAGCCUUGCAUCACCAUGUGCAAUGCAAAGUGUCGGAUGCAGUGGUGUAAAGCACUCCACCACUGGACUCUA